AUGACGAAGAAGAACAGUCAGCGGAAGUCUAGUAAGAAGAAUGUAACUGGCAAAAAGAGUGGUGGUGGAUUUAUCAAAAUAUGUAGCCUUUCUCCACAACUUCAGAAGUUUACUGGGGAAGCAGAAUUAGCAAGGACAGAGGUAGUGAAGAAAAUGUGGAAUUACAUUCGAGAAAAUAGUUUGCAAGACCCAGCAAAUAGAUGGAAUAUAAACUGUGAUGACACACUCCGCGAGCUUUUUGGUGUGGAUAAAAUGGACAUAUUCCAAAUGAACAAAGCCCUAGCUGAACAUAUCUGGCCUUUGGAUUCUGAUGGCGCAAAAGCUUUUGGGCCUGCAAAUUCUGCAGCAAAGGAGAAGCGACGGAACUGUCAAACUUGCUUCUGCUUAUUGUCUCGCCAAAAUGCUAAUAACUUGCUUAAUCUCUUAGAUAUCCAUGGUAGUACUGUUUGUUCUUGCAGCUUUAUUGUGUUUGUGCUCCACGAUUCAGAUGAACUAAAGAGAAAGGAAAAGCGGCACAAUUCAGUAAUUCUUGCUCCUAUCCAGCUUUCGAAUGCUUUGGUGAAGUUUCUCGAUACAGGAGAGACUGAAUUGCCACGGUCCAACAUUGUUAUGAGAAUUUGGAAAUACAUUAAGCAAAAUAACUUGCAGGAUCCAUCUGAUAAGAGGAAAAUAACAUGUGAUGAGAAGUUGAAAGAACUGUUUCAUGUCGAUAGCUUCACGGGAUAUGUAGUAGCAAAACUACUUGCUCCACAUUUUAUAAAGGUCAAAGCUCAAUGCUUGUACCGUGUCUUGUCAUACGAGAGAUAA